AUGAGAGAGUGAGCGGGGGCGGGCACGGCGGCGCGAGCCGCAUGAAUGAGAGAAAAGUGCCCCGCGCGAGAUGUCGCGCGCACCCGGGACAGGGAGCCAAUGAGAACGCUGGGAGGGCUCGAGACCCGGCACUGAGGGCAACGGCCGCGCGCCGGCUCGAAGACGAGCGUCGCCGGGCCGGGAGCGCGCGGAGCGGGGCGGGCGUGGAGCGUGCGGGGGCCGCGCGCUGCCUCUCAGAGGCCGGACGGCGCUGCUGAGAGGCGGCGGCGACUACGACGGCAGCGGUAACGGGAACCGCGCCGGGGAGAGAGAGAAUGAAUGAAUCUUGAAGGAAGGCACCUUAGCCUUUCAUGCCACAGAAAAGAAAGGAAGUGCUAAGUUCCAGGGUGAGGCACUGUAACACAGUUGAACUCUGCAUCCAGAAAGCCCAAGAUUGAAGAAGAAAUAUCAGAGACAUUGACUAACCUGGAAACAGGGACCUCUUUGGAACUUUGCUUUCAUCCACAGUAGCUUUUAAAAGUAUCAUCGAGUGGAAUUGAUUUCUUCAUCUUAUUUUGCUUAUUGGGAAGAACAUGGCUUCAGGGAUUAUAUGUUUCCCUUUAGUUUUGCAUGAACUCCAUAGGAAAAGGAGCCCUUAAAGGGUUUGGGAGUAACAAGAGACUGAAGACAGGCAAGCUUGCACGAGCUCGAGCUCUCUCUCUGUUUUCCCUUCCCCUUCAAAGAAAAGGAUUUACAACUUAACCUUGUAACAGCUGCUGCCCAGCUUUAACCAUCAAGAGAAAGUAAAUAAAAUUAAACCACCAUUGCCAGACUACAGGCCCUGAAGUCAAGGUGUGGGAGUGGUGGCAUUGAGAAAGCUGCCUGAAAGGGACAAAGACUGCAGUAAAAACGGCUUCUCUUUAAAGCUGGAAGGGGCGCCAGAUUCCUUCUUGGAUUGAAAUAGAAACACCUCUUUUGGGUGCUGCUCACAUCUUGUGGAAGUGUGGUAGUCGUGGAGGUUCUGUAGUAUCUCCUCCAAAGAAUUUUUCCUUGCUUGAAGUGUUCCGUCCUACCCUGAUAUCCUCCCCUUCUUUCCUUUGGAAGACUCGCCUCCCUCCAUGAGCUGUUCCGUGAUCUGUCUGACUGCCCAUGUUCUCUACCUGCAGCCAUUUUCAUGUGUACAGCCUACUGUUUGUCUCCAGUUUUUAAGCUGUACAAGUUGUGUUUCUUAAUCUCUCCUUCUGCCUUGUUCUGGGGAGGUGGUUAUUCAUCAUUUGGAAUCACCUUUCCCCCUCCCAUGUGCUUUCCUUCAUUUGAGAUCUUUUGACCUUUGGUUUUAUUUGGGAGGGGGAAGGGUGAUAAUUCUAAAUUUUCUGCUUCCCUGGUUUCCUUCUGUACUCCUCUGGCCGUUGUCUCCCUCAUCCCAUUUUCUUGUCUGUUCUGCCGCUGUGUGGGCCUGGGCUAUGCGGCAGGGCAGAUCUUCCAUCAGAGCUCCAACAUGCCCGCGGAGUCUGGAAAGAGAUUCAAACCCAGCAAGUAUGUUCCAGUCUCGGCAGCCGCCAUCUUCUUAGUGGGAGCUACGACCCUCUUCUUUGCCUUUACCUGUCCAGGACUAAGCCUCUACGUGUCACCUGCAGUGCCCAUCUACAAUGCGAUUGUUUUUCUCUUUGUGCUGGCCAACUUCAGCAUGGCCACCUUCAUGGACCCAGGGAUUUUCCCUCGAGCUGAAGAGGAUGAAGACAAGGAAGAUGACUUCAGAGCUCCCCUUUACAAAACAGUGGAGAUCAAGGGCAUCCAGGUGCGCAUGAAAUGGUGUGCCACCUGCCGCUUCUACCGUCCUCCUCGAUGUUCCCACUGCAGCGUCUGUGACAACUGUGUGGAGGAAUUUGAUCAUCACUGCCCCUGGGUGAACAACUGUAUUGGUCGCCGGAACUACCGUUAUUUCUUCCUCUUCCUCCUUUCCCUGACAGCCCACAUUAUGGGUGUGUUUGGCUUUGGCCUCCUUUAUGUCCUCUACCACAUGGAGGAACUCUCAGGGGUCCGCACGGCUGUCACAAUGGCAGUGAUGUGUGUGGCUGGCUUAUUCUUCAUCCCAGUAGCUGGCCUCACGGGAUUUCACGUGGUGCUGGUGGCUAGGGGACGCACAACCAAUGAACAGGUUACGGGUAAAUUCCGGGGAGGUGUGAACCCCUUCACUAAUGGCUGCUGUAACAAUGUCAGCCGUGUACUCUGCAGUUCCCCAGCACCCAGGUAUUUGGGGAGACCAAAGAAAGAGAAGACAAUUGUAAUCAGACCACCCUUCCUUCGGCCAGAAGUGUCAGAUGGGCAGAUAACUGUGAAGAUCAUGGACAAUGGCAUCCAGGGAGAGCUGAGGAGAACUAAGUCUAAAGGAAGCUUGGAGAUAACAGAAAGCCAGUCUGCAGAUGCUGAACCUCCACCCCCUCCUAAGCCGGACCUGAGCCGUUACACGGGGCUGCGGACACACCUCAGCCUGGCUACUAAUGAGGAGAGCAGCCUCUUGGGCAAGGACAGCCCCCCCACCCCUACCAUGUACAAGUACCGGCCGGGCUACAGUAGCAGCAGUGCAUCAGCCGCCAUGCCUCACUCUUCCAGCGCCAAGCUGAGUCGUGGGGACAGCUUGAAGGAGCCAACCUCAAUUGCGGAGAGCAGCCGUCAUCCCAGCUACCGUUCAGAGCCGAGCUUGGAGCCAGAGAGCUUCCGUUCUCCCACCUUUGGCAAAAGUUUUCACUUUGAUCCACUGUCCAGUGGCUCACGCUCCUCCAGCCUCAAGUCAGCCCAGGGCACAGGCUUUGAGCUGGGCCAGUUGCAGUCCAUUCGUUCAGAGGGCACAACCUCCACCUCCUAUAAGAGCCUGGCCAACCAGACACGUAAUGGAAGCCUAUCUUACGACAGUCUGCUCACUCCUUCAGACAGCCCUGAUUUUGAGUCCGUGCAGGCAGGGCCUGAGCCAGACCCACCUUUAGGCUACACCUCUCCCUUCCUGUCAGCCCGACUGGCCCAGCAGCGGGAAGCCGAGAGGCACCCACGUUUGGUGCCAACCGGCCCAACGCACCGAGAGCCCUCACCAGUUCGGUACGACAAUCUGUCGCGCCAUAUCGUGGCCUCCCUCCAGGAACGAGAGAAGCUGCUACGCCAGUCACCCCCACUCCCAGGCCGUGAGGAAGAACCAGGCUUGGGGGACUCAGGCAUCCAGUCAACACCAGGCUCAGGCCACGCCCCUCGUACUAGUUCCUCCUCAGAUGAUUCGAAGAGAUCACCCUUGGGCAAGACUCCACUGGGACGCCCAGCUGUCCCCCGUUUUGGCAAGCCAGAUGGGCUAAGGGGCCGGGGACUAGGGUCCCCUGAACCAGGCCCAACUGCCCCCUACGUGGGCCGAUCUAUGUCUUACAGCAGCCAAAAAGCCCCAUCUGGUGUCUCUGAGACAGAGGAAGUGGCCUUGCAGCCAUUACUGACACCCAAAGAUGAAGUACAGCUCAAGACCGCCUACAGCAAAACCAACGGGCAGCCCAAGAAUAUAGGCUCAGCCUCCCCUGGCCCAGGCCAGCCACCUCUCAGUAGCCCUACAAGGGGAGGAGUCAAGAAGGUGUCAGGGGUGGGUGGCACCACCUAUGAGAUUUCGGUGUGAGCUUUGGGCAGCUCCCCCCCCCCACACCUCUGCGCCUACACCAAAGGGCCCCAGGUGGCCACCUUCCUUUCCUCAAGGGGCUCCCCUCCCCUGCAUGGACAUUUUUUAAACAACCGAUUCCAAGAGGAUGAGGACAUUUUAUAAAAUGCAGUGGGGUUGGGGAGUUGGAGAGUUGGGGCCCUGAGACUGGGGUAGCAACCCCCUUCACCUUUUAAGACCUUCCCCUUCCUUAACCCCUGGACCAGACUCAGUGGACAUUUGUGCAAUUGCUCGCCUGGAGGGAACCAGAUCAUUUUUAAACCAGAAAUAAUUUUUUUUAUUAUUGUUACGGAUUCUAUUUUUUUCCUCUUCUGCGUUACCAGGUGUGUGUGUACAUUUUAUAUAUAUAUAUAUAUAUAUAUAAAAAUAUAUAUAUAUAUAUA